AUGAAGGCUUGGCAAUUCUCAGAAGUCUCAAUAACCCUCGAGGAAUCCCUCGUCUUGGCCCGAGAUGCCGAAAUGCCGAAUUCUGCAACACUCGGCCCAACGCAAAUGAUCGUACAGGUUCUGUGGGCGGCAUUGAACCCCGUAGACUACAAACUUCCAGAGUCUGGUCUCAUCGGUAGAUUAAUGAUUCCUCGGCCUGCUGUGCCUGGCCUUGACUUUUGCGGCCGGGUUUAUGCAAAGCACGCCGAUAUCGAUACAUUCGAGCAAGGCCAAAUUAUUUUUGGCGGUCUUGCACGACCAUCUCGAUUUGGCACGCUUGGCGAGUAUGCUCUUGUAUCCACGACCGAAUGUGCCCCUCUACCCCGCGGGGUCAAACCUGAGCAUGCUGCAGCUAUUGGCACCGCAGCCACAACAGCAUAUCAGUCGAUUCCAGCAAGCAUCGUCAAGCCAGGAGCCCGCGUUUUCAUCAACGGCGGCAGUGGCGGCGUUGGGACAUGGGCUGUGCAGUUCGCGAAGGCGCGGGGGGCAUAUGUGGUAACAACAUGCUCAACAAAGAAUGUCGAUCGUUGCAGCCUGCUGGGUGCUGACGAGGUUUUGGACUACACCAACAUUGAUCUUGUCGACCAUCUCAAAUCUCUGAGCAACCCAUUCGACAUCCUUGUCGAUAAUGUGGGGAACGAUACAAAUCUAUACCGCGAGCGAGACGCGCUCCUUAACCCUAAUGGCAUGUUUGUCCAAGUCGGAGUUGGAAAGUCUGUCUCACUAAAUACUGUUGUGUCAACUGGCUCCAAGCAGUUGAGACAAUAUAUGCCAGGUCAGAAAUCUUAUUAUUUUGUCAAUCAAGAAAACAAGGCCGAGUACUUUAAGCAAAUCGGACUUUGGAUGGCGGAAGGAAAGGUCAGAGCUUUUAUAGACACGAGGUUCUCAUAUGACCAGGUCCCAGAUGCUUUCAGGGAGCUCAGAAGAGGCCACACAGCUGACAAGCUGGUGAUUCGAGUUACAGAAGAUUAA